AUGGGAAACAUAAUGUCUGUAUCAUUUGCUCCUGAGUGUACUCCUGCAAAGAACAAGUAUGAUGAAUGUUUCAAUAACUGGUAUUCCGAGAAGUUUUUGAAGGGCAAAUCUUUAGAAAAUGAAUGUACUGAACUUUGGGAUGAAUAUACUACAUGUAUUAACGUAGCCUUGGCAAACAAGAGUAUUAAACCAAUGUUGGACAAAUCGAGAGAAGAUCAGCCAUUUACCUCUGAAGAGAUUAGACAAAGUGCCGCUGGAGAUGAUAAGAAAUAA